CUUCCUGCUGAAAUCUUGAGUGUAAUCAACAGGGACCAUGUCCCUUUAAAGUCCUUUGAUAUUCUUCUUUCCCAAUCUCUUCUCCCUUCUCCCAGUCCUGACUUGAUACUCUGGGAUGAAUACCCAAAAAUGGAUUUCUCCAGCCAUGUCCCACACAAUUGGGAGUAGAUGGGCUAUCUACUAUCCUUUAGCCCCACUGUAGAGGUCACUGCCAAUGGACAGUUCCAGUCCACCAAUGUCAGCAAAUUUGUGCAGGAAUCUCCCAUCAAGAGGGCUGGAUUUCUGCAAAUUCUUUCAUCUCCAUGGCCACAGCAAGGUCCACCCCUGAUGAGCCCCAGCUCAGAGGCAAAAGAACACAUGAUCUCCAGGAGAUGUUGACAGAAGUAGGACUGGCACUCGAGUACUGGUUGCCCAAGUUGCAGGAACACCUAGGUGUGACUUGUGCCCAGGCCUUACAACACCUGGAAGAAAAAGACCUCCAGAAGCUGAAAUCUCAAGCACGACAUUCCUGGGAGAAAAAAGCCCUGGAGAUGCUUCUUAACAUGUCACACUCAAAUAGUCUUUCAGAGUUACAGGAGCCUCGGCUGGAGAUGAUAAAGAAAAUGCAGAAGCAUACAGAGCAGACACUGCAAGAGCUAAGAGACUUGCUGUCAGAAGGGAGGCAGCAAGAGGAAGAAGCAGUGAGGAAAAAACAGGCAGAGCUGAGGCAGGCAACCAGGAUUCCUGAAGAAUACUGGCCACCUCCCCAAAAGUCCCUACAAGAAGUCAUGGAAAACAUUCAGAAACAACUCAACCUCAUGGAGGGGACAUUGUCUCACAGGCAGAACCUCCCAGAUGGAGAUCUGGUGAGAUGGGCAUCUGGAGGGUUGGCUCUGCAGGGAAUUUACAAAACUAGCCAUGAAAGGGGUUUGAUAGAGAAGAGAGAGGAGCUACUCAGUGUCCCAAAGAACUUCUCACUCUUUGGCCCUGAGCAGGGCACACGGAUGGAAACAAGAGAAUUUACAUCUUCUCAAGCAGAAUCCACAUUCACCCAGACGAUAGAGAAGCUGGGCUUCAGUGCAACUGCCUCAGCCAAAGGUGAAGGUUGGGGAUUUAGCCUGAAAGCUAGUGUACAUCACAGCAUACAUUCAGAAUCUAAGAAAACCCAACAAUCACAUUCUGAGAACUCUUAUUUUUGCUCAACCAGGUUCAGCUACAUCCCGCUGGCUUCCUGCCACUUUCCCACCGAUCAGCUCCAGUUAUCCAAGGCUGCUCUCCAGGAAUUAAAAUGCAUUGAAGACCUUCUGGGUCAGUCUGCAGACUCAGACAGACUCCUUUUGCUAAAGUCCAGGACUAAAGCCUUCUUCCACAGGUUUGGCUCUCAUGCUAACCAGGGCCCUCUGCACUUGGGAGGAAUCUACUGGUGGAAAGCCAUUUCAGAGGGUUUCCAAAGUGAACAGCUGGCAGAAGUGAAACAGAAGUCAGCCAAGGCCCUGGAUAGUUACAUAAGGGGCAGCUACAGUGGCUUUGGAAUUCAAGUUGCUACAGACGUGGCUGUGACAGACUCUCAUUCAAAAGAAGACUCUCGGAGCACAAGCUCCCAAAAUCUCCAAACCAAAAUCCAAUUAUCUACAGCCCAGACAGGCGGCCCACCAGAAGCAAAUGACCUUUUCCAGUGGAAAGCUGGCCUAGUUGCCAGUAAUCGAACCUGGUGUGUCAUUGACCGGGGAAUUCAACUGGUGCCCGUCUGGGACAUCAUCCUCUCCAGCCACAGAAGUGAUUUUCAACAUCCUCUUCAGGUAGCUAUGUGCCUGAAAGACAGCUACACUGCUCUGACUGGCUUCACCACCCAGAUCCAGAGUGGAGAAGAAUUCCUGAGCGUUAUGAAGAAGGCCAGGGUUUUCCUAGAGGAUGUGAAAUCCUGGGAGGUAUCUGACCCUGAAGAGCAGCUUAAAAAACUGGUAAGUUUCAUGCAAAUGUUGAGUCAAAAACUAAAAAGUUAUGACACUUGGAUUGACAUAUGCCUGACAGAUAAGGAUCUGCAGAAUUUUCUGGUAAACACUGUCAACUUUUGCAAAAGGUAUUCCAUUUAUGAAACCAAAUUUAUUAAAUCUCAGUUGCGCAGCCUUUUGGAUCCUCACAUCUAUAGCGUGACAAACUUUCCUGAGGCUCAUUCCAUCAUGCAGUGGAUCUUCAGGUCAGAGUCAGAGCAGGAGUAUAUCAAAAUCUCCCAAUUUUCUGAAUUAAUUAAAAUCUUUGAAAAAAACAAAAAUGACUUCAUGGAAGUGAAGAUUAAGUCCGAGUCCCCAGAAAUAGUGGAGGAAGCACAAAGAAAGGCCACGUAUGAGGUCAGCCUGUCUCUUCGCUGCUUCUUGAAUUACCUCCAAGAGACAGAGCAGCCAGACAUACAGCUCUUGCUACUUUCCAUUGCAACUGGCGCAGGUUACCACAUGGUAAACAAGACUUUUCAGUAUCUCCUGGGGUGUGAUGAGUUAGACUUUCUAGUGCAUGAAAUGCAAACUGCCCAAGAUAAAUACCAGGAGCUCAAAAAUAUCUGCAGCCACAGGGCUCAGGCAUUCCUGGUGCUCACAGGUCUGACAGCCACUGUUGGAGUUACAGCUGUUUCUCCAAAGGAGAAAACACAACGUUUGACAUUUAUAAGACACUACAUGGGACAAUCAUUGACUAAAGAAGUUGUAGAUGUCCUCACCAAACCUGGAGCAGAUCAUGAUUGGGUAAACCUAGAGAAAGACUUGAGUCUGCUCAUUGAUGGGAAUUAUGAAGCCACCACCCCUUCAUUGCAAAUGGAUGAAGUGAGAAAACAUUUGCAAAGUAUCUUCCAUGAAAAGGAACUGCCUCAUGAACCACAUGAUAAUGAAAACAACAAAUGGGAGGCCACAGAAAAUGGAGCUUUCUUAGAAUUGCUCCAGCGUCUAGGCCUAGAACACUACUACCCAAAGAGGAUGAGCAGAGCUCAUUUCCAUCUGAUCUACAAGACUUCUGUGUACAACACCCAGCCCAGCUCUGAACGGGAGCUUCCCUUCUACUUCCUACAGAAGCUACUCAUGUUGGAUUAUGGGCUGAGAUAUCUGGUCUUCAAAGAUGAUGGAAACACAGAGAAUCAAGUCUAUCUAAGUGCCUCAAAACAGAAAAAUGAGGUUUUUGAUCCAUAUGAUGAUUUUUUUGAAGACAAUGAUAGUCCCACUAAUCCUUCAGAUACUAAUUCCAGACCCCAUAUUCACCCUAUGGAUAUUCAGAUGGCAAUUCUUCACUGUGCUGAUGAUUUUGCUAGACAAUAUAUUCUGGCCAACCUUUCCAUUUGCCAGUUUGCCCUCCCUCUUCUUAUACCUAAUCCUUGCAAUUCUCAAAUUGAAUUCUCUCUUUGGUCUCUCAGUCAAAUUAGGAGAAGCUGGCAGCAAGCAAGGAAAUCAACAAAAGACGCAAAGAACAAUUACAAGAAUCAGCAAAUGUGUCGUGUCUCUACCCCCAUUGUGUCCUUUGUUAGGGUUGGAAAUGGCUUCUCUGCUUCCAAAUCUCAGAUUAUGAACUGUAUUCUCAGUAAACGUAAACAUGACAUCUUUUUUCAUCGCCAUUGCAGAGGGAGUAGCAAAGACUGUCUCUUGAUGGGGGGUGUAGUGGAAAUCUGCUGGUUCUGUCCUGGGGGUGAAGAUGAGGACAGAUUUGACAACUGUCUGACCUUCACCAAUCUGCAUGGAGAUGCCAAGGAACAUGAGAAGCAACUCACCUUCCUGCAGGAGAUCUCUUCUCUCAUUGUAGUCCUCAUGGCAACUUCUGAUGGCAAUCAAGAAAACCGAAAAAUUAUCCGUGGCCUGUGUGAGCUAUCCAAACCUUUGAUCUGUCUGCUUGAUGACAAAGAAAAAACCACAGCCAAUAAUUCUGGCCAAAAAGUGAGAAUUGGAAUCAGGAACAGAAAUGAGGCAGAAUUAGCAGAGGAGCUCAAAACUACAAUCAGACAUUUGCUAGAGCUCUCUGACACUACUUUUAGCUUAGAGGACUGUGCCCAGAUUGCUCAUAAGCAAGGAUUCCUUAUUGAUGAAGACCAGAGAGACUGCAAGGAAGCCAAAGAAAAGGUAGAGGUUCUCAUGGCCCUAUUAGGAGAAAUGCAGAUAUCUCAGAUGAAGGAAAACUUACUGCCCCUUCAGGGACACCUGUGGCAUCUUUGGUGUAAAAAGGACAAAGAACUCUAUCAUCUGAGAGAAAAGGGAAACCGGAGCAUUGAACAACACAAGAGUGAGAUUGAGGCAGAUAAACGAAUAAUACGGCAGCAACAAUUAACCAGAGCCUUUCCUCUCAAUAAGCUAAUGCAAUCUGUCCUUGAAAUUAUCCAAAACCAUUCAGAAACUCAUACCAAACUCUACUUCUUACAAUGGCUGAGUGUGUCUUUGGACAACCUGACUGCAGGACACUUGGAAAAACUGAAUGAAAAGAAAAAGGCUUUGUGGUCACUGGUACAAACAGAAAAGAAAAAAGCACCAAAGAACACCUCCCUGAAACACUGGCAAAACGAGAUAGAAGCUAUUUCUACAGAGAUUACUGACUGCACCUUGGGAAUUGAACAACUUCUCAGAGAAAUAGGCCAGAUCUAUGAAGUUCUGGAAGAAACUUUCUCCACAAAAGAUAACCUUUUUCUCUCCCUUCCCCAGAUUGCUGCAGAUCUAAUGAUAUCUGGUCUUCCCAUUGAGCUGAUGGAUGGGGAUGCUUCAUAUGUGCCUCUAAAGUGGGUAGCAGCUAUUUUUGACAAGGUCUCUGAGAAACUUGGAGACAAACGACUGUUUGUUCUCUCUAUCCUUGGCCUGCAGAGCUCAGGGAAGUCCACCCUGUUGAAUGCCCUUUUUGGGCUGCAGUUCACUGUCAGUGCUGGGAGGUGUACCCGGGGUGCCUACAUGCAGCUCCUGAAGGUGGAGGAGACAUUCACAGAGGAACUGGGCUUUGACUUUGUGCUUGUUGUGGACACAGAAGGACUUCGGGCCCCAGAACUCAGCAGCAAAUCCCAGAAUCGUGACAAUGAGUUGGCAACCUUUGUUAUUGGACUUGGAAACUUGACUCUGAUUAACAUUUUUGGGGAAAAUCCAUCAGAAAUGCAAGAUAUUCUACAAAUAGUUGUCCAAGCCUUUCUGAGGAUGAAACAAGUAAAAAUCUCCCCUAGCUGCCUUUUUGUCCAUCAGAAUGUGGGGGAAGUUACAGCUAAAGACCAAACUAUGGAAGGACGAAGGCGGCUAGAGCAGAGAUUAGAUGAAAUGGCAGCAAAAGCAGCUGAACAAGAACAGUAUUCAGAUGUAACCCGAUUUAGUGAUGUCAUUAAGUUUGAUGUCAAUACUCAUGUCUACUACUUUGCUCACCUCUGGGAUGGCAAUCCUCCAAUGGCCCCUCCCAAUCCUUGCUACAGCCACAAUGUCCAGGAACUGAAAAGUAGAAUUCUUCUCACAGCCAAACAGGAAUCUAGGGGAAGCAUCAUGAAGAUAUCAGAUGUAAAAUUCCGAGUCCAAGAUUUGUGGGGAGCCCUGGUGAAUGAGAACUUUAUUUUCAGUUUCAGGAACACACGAGAAGUCAUGGCCAUGAGCAAACUGGAAACAAUGUAUAACUACUGGACCUGGGAGCUGAGGAGUCAUGUGCUGGGUUUGCAGAACCAGCUAAUCAACCAGAUUCAGAAUGGGAAAAUCCAGACAUUCGGAAUAAGCACAUUUAAGGCGCCAGUCACAGAAAAGUAUGAAGCCAUCAAGCAAGAACUUGAAAAAUAUUUUAAUGAAGAUCCAGAUAGUGAAAUACUGGUUCCGUGGAAAGAAAAUUUUGAAAAUAAGCUAAUAAUCCUUACAGAGGCACUUAUUUUAGAAAGCCAAAAAAAAGCUGAUGAACUUAUUAGUUUUAAGAAAAGUCAAGAAAAACUGGAAAACAAAAAGUCAGGUUAUGAAAAGGAAUUAUUAGAAAAAAGCCGAAGGUUGGCUUUAACUGUCAAAGGCACAGAAUUGAGUGAGGAAGAGCUACAUGAGAAGUUCAAUCAACUUUGGGAAAAAUGGGUCUAUGCUGUGUCCUCAACUCUCCCUCUAGUCACAGAGCCUAACAUUGAUGUGGAUUCUGAAAACAUCCUUUUGGAGUAUUUCAAAAAGGAGAGAAAUAUUGUAGACACACUGAAGGAAAAUCCUGGAGAAAAGUUUCAAAUCAAAUAUGACAAACAUGUCAAAAUGAACACCAAAUAUUACAUAAUUACAAGGACAUUAGAGGGCUAUGAUAAAAUGUCCAUAGAUAAGACUACUGACCACAUUAUUUCAAGAUAUGCUGAAACUAUUAAGAAUAUUUGGACACAACAGCGUGAUUACAAUCCAAAUUAUUUCCAUGAAAUCCUGAGAAUAAUAGAUGAGGAAGUGAAAUCUGCAAACACUGAGGGAAGAUACACAUUUACAAGUAAAUAUGAAAUUGAUUUAUCUUUGUGUUUAUUCCAAAAAGCAUCAGAGACUUUUAAGAAGAUGCACAGGGCAUUCAAGAGAGCAAAUGAUCCUGUAAACCAUCUGGAAAGUAAGAAAGAGGAUUUCUUCAUGAGUUUUAAGAUAUCUUGUCAAGAAGCAACUUCAGUCAAAACAUUUGUUGAUUUUCUGUGGCACAAACUCACUCCUGCUGUCUCUACCACCAUAUGGGAACAAAUGGUCCUCAAAAUUGCUGGGGAUAUGAGAGCUACCUGCCCAGCAUUCAACGGAAACAAGUCUAACCUGGAGAAACACAUUCUCAUCUCUCUGGCAGAAGAAGAAAAUUUUGAUAAUUACUGGGAUUACCUUCAUAAUUCAGAAUCAUUUUUUAGGAAUUACAUUCAAAACCAUAUUAAAACAUAUUGUUCAGACAAAGGAAGUGAAAAAAUAAAGACUUUUUUAAAAACAACUUUAGAUGAUAUCAAGAAUGCCAUCCUCUCAGCUAUUCAUAAAUCUACAGUAAUAGCCAAAGAUAAAAGCAGCACUGUGUCUGGGUGGUUGGAUUUGUUCUGUGAUCACCUGGGGAGUAAUGUGAUCUUUCCAAGAAAAGACUUGAUAAGCACUGAACACCAAGAGAUAAAAGAUAUUGAGUUUCUCAAAGAAGUUAUGAGUGAAGCUUUGGAUCCCACAAUGAAAAGAGUAGAAGAGAACUAUGUGAACAUGUCUGAACAAGAAAUGAUUCUGGCAGUUCAGAAAAUGCUCUCUGAACAUCUCUCUGGCUGCUGGAAACAGUGUCCCUGCUGUGGAGCAAUUUGUACAAACACAAUCCCUACACAUGAAGGAAACCACAGUGUUCUCUUCCACCGUCCUCAGGCUGUUAGUGGAAGGUAUUUUGGCAACACAGACAACUUUAUCAUUGCUUGCUGUUCUAAUUUUGUAGUAAACAGUCCUCUAUUUGUUUCGACACAUAGCUGGAAAAACCCAUAUAAGAACUAUCUACAGGCAGUAGUAGGGGAGUAUGCCAAGUGGAGCUUCACCUACCCAGCAUCACCAGACUCACCUACCCAGCCAUACUGGAAAUGGUUUGUCUCUCACUUCAGAUUAAAGCUAGAAGAAAAAUAUCAGAAAAAAUUUAUAAAUAAAGGUAAAAUCCCUGAUUCAUGGGCCAAAAUAAAAAAGCAGGAUGUGCUCGAUGACUUGAAAAAACGGUAAAACUCAAUGAACCCCAAUACUCAGACAAUCCUAAAAUACCUCCUCCUCACAGUAAGAAUCCUCAUUAUUUCCUUUUUUCAAAUGAAAAAUCUAAAAAUCAAUCAAUUAACUUUAAGUCUUGUGAAAAGACUUCAUUUUUCAUUGCCUCAAUUCCUUCUGGCUCAAAAACAUAUUUCUAAAAUAUAUGAACAUAUGAUAAAAUCAAAUAAAAUCCAUUUAAAAUAUCUACUGUACGUUUUAAACUAUUAUUCAGAAUGUUUUUGUUUCGAAAUAUAUAAUGUUAUAUAAAGUCUCAGAGAAAGUCAUUUUCAUAGGAGGAAAACAAAAUCAUUGCAGACUACUACAAAUUUACAAAUUUCUAUAGAAUAAAUAUAUGGAUAUUUCAUACAAUAUUGACUGGAAGCUACCAAAAGCCUUUUUUUCUUUAAUCCUGUGAAACUGUGAGAAAAAGUUACUAAUCCUCAAAUGGAGAAACAUUCACGGAAAAUUCAUGAUCCCCAAGCAUAGCAACAUUUAGGCAUAUUCUGUUCUGGAGAGGAAUAAAACAGAGACUUUACCAGAACAAAGUCUGCAUCAAUUCAAGAAAUGUUAUCAAGCAAAUAUAGAAAACAGAAAUCAAAUAACUGUUCUUCUCAUUUAAUCCUCACCCUCUUCUUCCCUGGCAUCUUGCCUAUAUAUGUUAGAAAAAGGGGGGAGGGGGUCACAAGAGCUUAGGUAUUCAAAGCUUGGUGCUGUAUACAAGUCUAAGAUAAAUUGGCUUUUGGAACAUAAUUUAUGACCAGCUAACAUAAUUUAUGACCAGCUAAAAAGGGCCAUUUUAAUCGAAGCUGUGGAUAAGGUCAAAUCUGAUUAAGCCAUUGAUGAUUUUUUUUAAAAAAACUAUUUCUUUAAGAAUAAAGUAUCAACUAUUCCUUUAAGAAUAAAAUAUCAAAAACUAUACAGUUUUUUAGGUUCUAAUAUUUUAAUAAGCAAUUCUUUUUAUACAUUCAAGUAUAAGGAAAUACUUAUCUCCACAUUAGGUGAUAAGUAACUUUUCAUACUGUUUAAGUCAUAGGGUCAUGAUCAGAAUAAAAAUGACAAUCACUCUGAAGCUAAUCAAGGAUGUGAGAGGGGAAAGAAAUAGCCAUUCUACAAACCUACACCUUCUAAAACAAUGACUUACACUAGGUUCUCAAAGCUGAUGAUCUAAAGGAAUCCUGAUACAAAGAAGAAAAUAUAUGUCGGACAUAAGGGCAUCCAUUGGUUUCUAUUUAACGCACUAUCAACCCCUCCAUAGCCAGU